UUGAAUUUCGAAAUAUCCUGACUGCUGGGUCGCUUGUCGUCGAGAGAAGAGAGCUAGCUAGCUGGCGAGCUUUGCAUCAGUUUGGAUUGUGUUUUGCGAUGUGUUUAAGAUGGACGCUCUUGGAAUCACAUUCUGCCUUGCUUUAUUUAAUCUACCAAGCCUAUCUGAGGCAAGGGAGUUUUGCCAAGUAGGAGGCUAUUGGUGUGACACAGGACAUUGCUGUGGAAGUGGAGAAUGCUGCACAUAUUACUAUGAACUCUGGUGGUUUUGGCUGGUAUGGUUUCUCAUCGUGUUUAUCAUCGGCUUUUGCGUCUGGCAGAGGAAACGUUUCCACCCCAUGAGGGGCCACCCCAACCACCGCACAUGCUCCAUCCAAGAUUUUCUCAGGGGAUUCAAUUUUGAAAACAUCACUCCAGUGCCACCUUGUAAGCUGCCCUCGUACUCUGAAAUCGGGGAGACUGUCGGCUAUGACACGCCUCCCCCGCCCUAUACAUACUACUAUAUCCAAGCAGCUACGUCUGGGUUUGGGAGCAGUACGGGUUGUCACUCCUGCAGCAGCGGUGGCCUUCCACCGUUGACGCAGAGAUUCACGGAAGCUGCAAUAGAAAAUACAGGGGGUGACGGGGAGAGUAGAUUAGAAACACCGGACUCCAGCGAGGCUCCACCAAGCUACAGACUGAUCAUGGAAUCAUCUCGCGAGCGAGAAAUGCAGGCCGUGGCUGCGGCACUUACACAGACAUUGAACCCAUCGAUCACCCCUGCGGUGACCCCUUGUGCCACACCGGUCAGGUCACCGUGCCCGACACCUCGGCUGUCAACUCCUAUCUCUACGCCCAGGCCUACGCCCGCAGCCACACCGUCUGCCACGCCUAGGCCGACUCCCUUAGCCACACCUGUUGCCACACCUAGACCAACACCUACAGUUACACCGUGUUCGACGCCAGCGAUGACACCAGCAGUAUCUAGAUCUCCCAAGUCCUUUUCCCUGGCUGGCAGUCCUUCAAGGCACCUGUCGCCCUCCGCUAGUCCCUUGAGGCAAUAUAAUGAACAAAGUGGCAGUAGUAGGCGUGGUUCGGCCACGCCAACACUCACACCAAAUUCAGGGAAUACCACGGCGACGGACCAUGGUGUAACAUCGACGAUUGUGGAUUUGCAAAUCAACGAUAAAGGUUCUCUGAACUAUGUGACAAGGCUGACUUGAGGUAGCCUUGCUGUUUUUUUUGUGUAAAUGUUUGUUUUCCGCUACCGAAUAAUUGUACGCAUCGUAUUGCCAUUCUGGUGCCUCAUCGCCCCCCUCUGUAAUCCCCAUUAUCUUUCUCUUUAGUGGGGUGUCCUUGUUUAUAGUUAACCUCAAAGGUGUUAUAAAAUCUCAAGUUUGACAGGCGAAGCUGGUUAGAGAACUAUUAAUUUGUACAACUGUUUUGGGAAAGGAAAACUUUAAAAUAAGUCUCAAAAUAUGCAUUUUAUUGGGCAGAAUCCUUUAUUUAUGUUCAUCUACUUAGACUUUUUAAGCUGCUUUUAAUCAGUGAUUUUUUUUAUACGCAUUUUUUCAGGCACUUAUUCCCGGUUUGUAUGUAUUUGUUUCACUGGAAAUACUAUUUAUUUGGUUUGGCAAUUUUGAGGAACUCAAAAGAACUCUUUACAACCUCCCAUUCUAGAAAAAACCAUAGUUGCAUUUCUGUCAUUACCCUAGGUAAGGUCAAACUAAGCUCAUUGACCCUAACAUGACUUGGGGCUUAAAGAGGAAACAUCACGCACUGGAUGCAUGGCCAUGUGUGAUUCCACAGAUCCUACACGUAGUUAAAACAGUUACUUGCCUACAGAUGUGCAUGAUCCUAUGAGUCACUUCUACUCAUGUGAAAAGAAAAAAUAGCGUGCGGAGAAAAAAAAAGGCUUGAGACCUAGAUUGAUGGCCUUGUUUUCUAACUUUUUUUGGCAGUCCUUGGGGCAAAGUUCUUUUUUGAACUGAGCACAAGUUUUCAAAUUUUCAAACUCUUGUUCAGUAUUUUUUUAACAUCUUAUCGAUGUUGUUUACUUCUUUAGUUUCUAGCAAACUAGCAAUGCAAAGCUGAGGCAGCUGUAGAUUAUUUAUCUUUAGACUUAUUUCAUUUUCUCAAUUCUGUUUUCCCAAAUAUUGGUCUUGUUGUGUUUUUACUCUGGGGCUUUUAUCUGAAAAAAAGUUGAAUGAUCGAAGGAACAAAACUAUCCCAAAUGUACUUGGAGAUUCUGGGAGUAAAAUGAAAAUUGUGUACAAUUCUGUUGUUGUAGAAAGUGUUGUGUUGAAUGCUGGUUUAAUUGCCUGUGGUGAAUUUUCUAGCAUUACAACAAUUUACUUCUUCAUUUUCAUGUUUGAAAUUGACUGAAACCAUGUUAAGCUGGACAGCAAUCCCUCAUGACAAUGAAAGUGAUUUGCAUAUUUAUACAUAUGCAAAUUUAUUCAUAAGUACAACUCUAUUGCUCAGAGUAUCAUCUUUAAUUUUACAAAGAUAUAAAAAAGCUUAAUACAAUUUUUGUAUAUAUAUCCAAAAUGACCUCGCAUGAAAAAGACCUCGCAAAAAAGUAACCAGUUUCAAUGUUUUUGACUUUGUUUUUCACUGGAUUUUAUAACACAGUACUGUUUUCUCUGUGCUUGCCAAAGUUUCCUGUUGAGAUUUUGGAGCAGGGGACAUUUUAAGCCAGUUGAAAGCUUAUUGAAAAGCGUAAAGUAAUAAAUAACCCAGGAGUAUUGCAUGGCUUAGCAUGGGAAUUAUGCUUGUAAAUGUGCUUACUUCCUGUCACAUAAAAAGUCCUUGCUAUACAUGUGGACAAAUGGAUAGCUGUAAGUUUAGAAUGUUGCAGGCCUUGAACUCGCUUGUGUAGCUGGGCCCAGCAAUUACCCUUGGGUAACAGCCACCUCUAUGAGGAGAGUGUAAAGUUGGAACUUUGCCACAGCAAAAAACAGGGAGCAAAAACACAAGGCAACAUGUCAUUAGCUGUGGGUGCAACUAAGAGCUUUUCACACGACAGCAAUUUAACUGGGGUCCCUGGCUGAAUUUUAGCAUGGUUAUAAAAUGUAGCAAUGUUUGACAAGGUUUUGCAAGAGAACUUGGACGGUAACAAAAAAUGGUUGUCCUUUACACUCAAGGUACAUUUUGUGAAAUUUUACAACCAUGCUAUAAUUUAGCAAGGGACCCUUGCUAAAUUGCUGUUGUGUGAAAGGGGGCUUUAGGCUUAGGUCCAUCGCAAUGCAUCGAGGCAUUCACUUCUUGGGAUUGCCAAGGACAGUGGUUUUAAAGAAUUGAUUCUAAGUGCUGCCUUUGUUUCUUAAAGAACACAAAUGGCUGAUGUUGUUUUAAGUCCGAAAGUUUCCUUAAUAGCUUAAUACUGAAACUACAGAAAAUGUUGGUUUGGAUUUUAUAGUUCAUUCUUUAAACUUAAAAGCGUUGAAAGCAAGAAAAGUACAGUUAAUUUAGACACACAAAAAAAGAGCUUAAAAUUGAUUCCAUCAACGAAGAUGUUUGUUUAAUCUGGUGAGAUUUGAGUAAAGACUUACGGGGUUGAUGGUAUUUUAAAAAGUAACUUCAACUGUUUUUGUUGUCGCGUUAAGCUUUAAGACUGUAUCCAAGGAACUGUGCAAUGUACAGUGUUUAAAGCAUACAGUGAACAUUUUUUUGUACUAAAGAUUUUUUCUUCCUUAAAACGAUCUAGUGCCUGUUUAAUUAAAAGAUACACUGACUGUUGCAUAAUAUGCAGCGAAUCGACCCACCUAUGGGCAAUAGUACAUUUAUUGCCAAUUAAUUAAUUGUUAAUUGUAUAUUUGUCUGCAUGUUUAGUUAGAAGAAAGACCAUUUCUCAACUUUUUCAUUCUAUUAUCAGAAUUGUAGUUUUGAGUUUUUGCGUUAAAAAAGGUAUUGAAGUAGCAAGGCUCUAUCCAUUAUUCAUGUGAAUUUGAAUUGUACUUGUCCAGUCUUUUGUGAUUGAGAAAUGUAGCAAUGAAAAAUCGUAUGUUAAUGCAUGAACAAUUUACAUGUAGAAAUGUAUACUUAACAACUGUUUACUUAAAUGUUUUGAAAACAAGUAAAGAUUGCAUUAGUCUUUCAAUUUAACAUUUAUCUGAAAACGCUUUUAGAGUACGCUCAAUUAAUUCAUGAAGUCCAGAGGCAAUUUGUAAAAUUUCCCGAAUCUCUCACCGGUAUCCGAAGAUAACGUUAAUCUCUUUGGAUCAAGUUAAUUUCUUGUUUGUUCUUUUGAAAUUUGCAUUAUAAAUGCCCCAGCAAUCUCCUUUUCUGUCAUGUUGUUAUAUAAUUUAUUACCUUAAGGUUUAUUUAGAAUACUUGUGUAUUUACAAAUAUAUUUAGUUCAAGUUACUCAUUAGCGCUGUGUCAAAACACACCUUAUUGAUUAUUAGUGGAUGUUGGAGGAAGAUUUUUGCAAGUUUGGACAAUUGAGUUGAAACCUUCGUCAAGGUGGAUGAGUUGUCCCGCAAGGUGCAGGGAGAUUUUUGUUAUCUUUUCAUGGUUUACAGCGGUUAACAAUUUGCAUACUUUAUGGUUCCCUAUAAUCAUUUUUUUAUUACAGUCAAAAUAAAUUUUGCGUUUGUAUGUAACAGAGCAUCCAGUCUCAUGGAACAAGGAUGGGUAUUACCUAAACUUCUAUAAUGGCUAAGUACCGUAACAAAUUAAAGAAGGAGUACUUUCUGUGAAAGUUACAAAAUACUACCUUCGAGUAAGACUCUGCUGGAGUCAAAACUUUAGACCGUUAACUUUUUUUUGCAAAGUUUCGAUGACUGGGAAAACCUUCCUAAAAUUGGGGCAAAAGAAAGAUGACAAUGGGGAAAGCAUGGCUUAAUUUGAAAAAGGAUAGUAAAUCCUGUUCUUUGAUUUGUUCCAUGAGGUGUAGUUGACGUUGAUAUUCCAUUGGACAGGAAUUAGACUGGGGAUGUUUUUUGUUGUUUACAUGCAUCUGUUUUUGUUUUGGUCAGUGGUGCUAUUUUUAUAUAUAAAUAUAAGAGUUGUGUGUGAUGUGCCAACUGGUUGGCCACACACAUGAUAAGGUUACAAUUUCUUUAACUCUCAGUCUUUAAAAGUGUACAAAAUAUGUUUAUGGUAUCUAGAAAACAGUUGUUUUUGACAGUUUCAAGCUCGUUAAAACUGUUAGAAUUUUUUGAGGACAUGUAUGGCUAUCUCUCUUUAUAAGCCUUGUCGUUUUGAACUCAUUGUCUCUUGGACCUGAUACUAAUGCUGCACAAUCGAUGAUUUUUGUCGGUGUUCGUUUUUUUUACUGAAAAAGAACAACUUCUUAGCAAUUUAAAAAUGAGAUGAGGGUGUAAGCAGAGCAGAGUUAUGCAUGUUCUCAUACCAAAAGAAACCUCCACAUUGGAGUGUUGUUGGGUUUUUUAAAAUAAUGUUUGUAUAAUGGCUAUCUUAAUGUUGUUAUACAAUCUGGAGUCCAGACUGUAGCAUAUUAAGAAGACCCAAUUGGGAUUGGUAUGGUGGCAUAGCCAUAAAAGAAGUCUGCCCUUUUUGUGAAAGCUCAGAUUUUUUUUAAUUUGUUAAAGGGGUUGUCCUAAGGGAGUUGGAAUGACCUCUGGUUAACUUGUUCUCCUGACCUUUCUGAACCAGAUCUCGAAACAGAAUGAAAAAGUUUGUGGUAUGGGUAGAAACGUUAAGUUUCUUCUGCUGUCUGACGUACCAUAUUGAGUUUGUUUGGGACACAACAUUUGAGCUUCCAUAAACUGGGUGGGAUAUAAGUAAUAGAUGUUGACAAUUAUUAGUAAGUGGUUUUUGGUGGAAUUAUGAUUCUAGUGUGUACAUACUUUGUAAAUAUAACACAUAUUUUUUCGUGUAUAAUGUCAUGCCAAAGAAAGUAUACAUUAAUACAAGAAUAACAACUUGAA